AUGUCGGUGAGUUUUACAUAUCAAAAUUACUGUUCUCGUCUCGAAUUGAUGGUAACUGUAAAAGUUAGCAAUGUUUCUUUAUCAGCAACAGAACGAGAACUCAAAGAAUUUUUUUCUUUUUCCGGCGAGAUUGUUUACCUCGAAAGCCAAAGUGAGAAUGAAGGUUCUAAAUUAGCAUAUGUCACAUUCAAAGAUUUACAAGGAGCUGAAACCGCAAUUCUCCUCACAGGAGCAACGAUUGUUGAUUCCUCAGUCACUGUCACAAUGUCACCUGAUUAUCAAUUACCUCCUGAUGCUUUAGCUUCAUAUGAAUCGUCGAAAGGGAGCGACAAAUCAUCAUCUCCUCCACGAGAAGAUGUAUCAGUAUUCAGAAAAGCUGAAGAUGUUGUAAGAAGUAUGAUUUCAAAAGGGUUUAUUCUAGGGAAAGACGCGAUAGCUAAAGCGAAGAGCCUUGAUGAGAAACAUCAGUUAACAUCAACAGCUUCAGCUAAAGUCACAUCCUUUGACAAAAGAAUCGGAUUCACGGAGAAAAUCAAUACCGGGACAACGGUUGUGAGCGAGAAAGUCAAAGAAGUUGAUCAGAAGUUUCAAGUCACAGAGAAAACCAAAUCCGCAAUGGCUGCAGCUGAGCAGACGGUGAGCAAUGCUGGUUCGACUAUAAUGAAAAACCGGUAUGUUUUAACCGGUGCCACAUGGGUUACUGGUGCGUUUAACAAAGUGAGUAAAGCUGCAGAGGAAGUUGGACAAAUGGCGAAAGAGAAAGUUGGAAUGGCUGAUGAAGAAGAAGAAGAAGAAGAAGAAGAGAAGAAGAAGAAAGUGGUUGAUGAAGUUGCUAGUGUUCAUUUGCCUGAAUCACCAAAAGCUUUGGACCAAUCAGAACAAGAGUUAAAAAUCUCUGAAUUGCAAAUGCAGAAACAGAAGGAGACUACUCCAAGUGUUGCUUCAGGUCAACCUUGAGAUAUUUAUAAGAAGAAUCUUAAUUUCUCCCAACUUUUUUUGGAACAUAGAAGCUGACUUUUUAGGACACAGCUUAUUAGUUCCAAAAACAUUGGAUUGAAAUCGUUUGCUGUUGUUGUU